AUGGCCUUGGAGGCUUUGAAAUCCCCCAGCACCCCUUCCCCUCCCUUCUCAUCUUUUGAGGAAGUGGAGGAUCGUCUCCUCAACCAGUCCCAGGAGCCAUGGGCCAAGAGGAAGCGCUCUAAGCGGCCACGUGUUGACGACCCACCAACGGAGGAAGAGUACCUUGCUCUCUGCCUCAUCAUGCUCGCCCGCGGCACCAGCGCCGACGCAGAUGCUGAGCUACCUCCUCAACCGCCGGCUCUGAAGCUCUCUUACAAGUGCUCUGUCUGCAACAAGGCCUUCUCGUCUUACCAAGCCCUCGGCGGCCACAAGGCCAGCCACCGCAAGUCAGACUCCUCUGCGGCUUCCGCCGCCGUCAACUCCACCGACAACCCGUCAACCGCCGCCGCCACUACAAGCGGUAGGACCCAUGAGUGUUCUAUUUGUCACAAGACUUUCCCCACCGGCCAGGCCCUGGGCGGCCACAAGCGCUGUCACUACGACGGCGGCAGCGGGGCAACCAGCGCCCUCACCACGUCAGAAGGCGGAGGCGCUGGGGCCUCCAGCCACAGCCACAGUCAAAAUCACAGUCACCAGAGUCAACGCGGCUUCGACCUGAACCUUCCGGCGUUGCCGGAGUUCUGGCCGGGGUUCGGCGGCGACAAGAAAAGUCAACUAUCUGUCGAGCAGGAGGUGCAGAGUCCGAUGCCGGGGAAGAAACCGCGGUGGCUGUUGGGUCGAGAUUGA